GAGCGUGGACUGUGGAGUAGUAGGUUGGGUAGAGAUGAGGACUCUUGGAGCACCUUGUACGCUUCCCUUAAUUUUACGCUUCAAUGUCAGCAAAACCCUUCCCACUUCUCGCGUAAUUCGAUUUUGCCAUUCCCCUUCCUCGCUCGCCGGUCGUGGUCGUCGUUUUGUCUCCGUCAUGGCUUCUGCAAUUCAGUCUUCCUCUCAGGCUGUGUCUCCAGGGGAUGUUAACUCUGAUGCCAAUGUCUUCCAGUUGAUUCAAACUCAUCAGAAGUAUGAGGGCUAUCCGUCUGGAUCAAUGGUUGACUUUGCAUGUGAUGCAGAUGGAUCUCCAAUAUUAGCAGUCAGCAGCCUGGCCGUUCAUAUGAAGGACCUAUCAGCUAAUCCCAAAUGUUCGUUGCUUGUCCCAAGAGAUCCUGAGGAUAGGACAGAUUUAGUGAUCACCCUGCAUGGUGAUGCUGUUGCGGUUUCUGAGAAAGAUCAAGCAGCAGUUCGAGAUGCUUAUUUGGCUAAGCAUCCAAAUGCAUUUUGGGUUGACUUUGGUGACUUCCAAUUUAUGCGCAUUGAACCAAAGGCAGUGAGAUAUGUUUCCGGAGUAGCAACAGCCUUACUUGGAUCAGGAGAGUUCAGCAAAGAGGAAUACCAAGCUUCAAAAGUUGAUCCAAUUGCUCAGUUCUCUAAACCUGUUGCGUCUCACAUGAACAGGGAUCAUGCGGAUGACACAAAGCUCAUUGUCCAGCACUCUACAUCAAUCCUGGUGGAGUCUGCUUAUAUGCUGGAUUUAGAUAGUCUUGGAUUCAAUGUCAAGGCUGGUUAUCAAGGAAAUACUUUUAAGCUUCGAAUCCCUUUCCCUAGACGUGCAGAAGAUAGAAAGGAUGUGAAGACUCUAAUAGUGGACAUGCUUCAAGCUGCAAAAUCUCAAGUUAACUAACAGUGCAGCUAAAGACUCCCAAGAGGAUCAUAUAUUACAUUCAGAUCAAAUACCUCAUCGUGUGAAAAUGAUAAAGAUGGAAGAGUUUAGAAAACAUGAAAUUAAAGAUGAAAUUGCAAAGAAAACAGCUGGGAUACAUGGCUCUGUUCCUCCUCUCUUAUUUGCGUAAGUACUCUUGUUACAAAACCAUUAAAUCAUAUUCAAUGAUGAACAAUUUGAUAGUUGGAAUCAUGAGACAUGAAGGCAUACGGUGAUUUCCCAUGUUCUACUUUCUUCUGUUAUUCUUUCUUUCCGUUUUAUUUUUCUUGCAAUAUGUUUGGAUAGAAGAGAACGGAAGGAGAGGAGGAAAGGGGAAUUUUAUCCUUCAUCUCCUUCUCUUUUACUUAAUUAAAUAAAUUAAAAGAAAAAAU